CAAAACGCCUCUCUCCCCUCUUUCCCUUCCCCUCGGGGGCUAACAGGCUUCUCCUUGCAGCGCCAAGCCGAUGCAUGAAAAAGCAGCUCCCCUGAAGAGCCCCGAGCCCAUGCACGGCCGUGAGAAGCUGGAGGCAUCCCACAAGGAGAAGAGUUUGGAUUCCCUCGACGGCAGCCUCCACCUGAAUGAAGCCCUGAAGGAUGAAGACAUCAAGAAAUGCCACCGGGAAGUGGCCGCUAGCAAGUACAACUCCCAGUACCACAAGCUGUUCAAGGACAUCCCGACAGAGGAGAGCGUGCUGAAAGUUUGCUCCUGCGCGCUCCAGAGAGACAUCCUCAUCCAGGGAAGGCUUUACAUCUCCCCCAACUGGCUCUGCUUCUACGCAAACCUUUUCGGGAAAGACAUCAAGGUUGUGAUCCCGGUCGUCUCCGUACAGCUGAUAAAAAAGCACAAGACGGCUCGGCUGCUGCCCAACGGCUUAGCCAUCACCACCAACGCCAGCAGAAAGUACAUCUUCGUGUCCCUCAUCUCCCGCGACAGCGUCUACGACGUCCUGAGGAGAGUCUGCACGCACCUGCAGGUUUCGAGUAAGAAGAGCUUGAGUUUGAAGGAGCUGACGGAGGAGCCUGACGCCGUGUCGCUGGAGGUGAUCGUCCCCGAGGGCAAGUGGAGGAAGGUGUCACCCGCCUCGCUGUCACUGUCGCUGCCGGACGCCGACUACCAGUGCAUCCACCGGACCUCCGUCAGCAGCCUGAGCGCUAAGGAGAGCUCCUUCACCUCCGAGGAGCCCCUCGUUUCGGAAAGUGCAAUAAACACCGAGGAGGAGCUGGAGGUGGAGCAGAGCUGCGUGGCGGAGCUGAGACCCUCCGACUACCAGCUCCUGAAGAUCUUCAUCGUGCUCAUCUGCCUCCUGGUCGUGUCCUCCUCAUACCUGGCGUUUCGCAUCUUCCGUCUGGAGCAGCAGCUCUGCUCUCUGAACCGGGACUACCUCUCCCGCGGGCACAGGAGGUGACCGUUACCCCCAGCGCUGGCUGAGGACGGACGCCGAGACGGUGGCAUCCUGUGUCCGGAUCCCGGUGCCGUGUCCUCCCGGCCAUGGCUGUUGCACGUGGCCCGGCUUUCCCUCGGCCGGUAAAAUGGGACCAAGUAUCUUCUCUCUUCCAACUGGGACCUGCUUCUGGUGGGACCGACCGGCCGGCCCACGGCCACCGGUGCCAACUCCCCAUCCCACUGGAAACCCGUUUUCUCCCUGGGACGCUGCUGCGCCGUAGCACCGGCUGGACCUCCCCUUAGGACUUGCUGCUAAAACGGGUGCUGGUUUUUAUUCCAGACUUCGUUUUUUCUUGUUAAAAGAUGACCUUAGGCUCACCGGGAACCCCCAAAAACAUGGAUGAGUUGCUGCUGCUGCUCUGGGUGAAGCCCGGGCAGCGGCUCUGGGCUGAACUCGCCUGUUCGUCCCCUUCUCGGUACCUCCAGGGCCGCGGCUGGAGGAAUGGCCCCAACCCCGGGGGUCUGCGGGGACGAGGAGAAAGGGGCCACCAGCCCUGUGGGGCGUCGUCUGUCCCAGCACCCAAGGGUGGGGGUACAAUCCAGGGCCUCCCCCAGCUCCGCUGGGCUCUGUACCGGCCCCCAGCCCUUCUCUCCUGGAGCACUGGGCCAUCUCGGGGUGCCUCUGUGUGUGUGUGUGUGUGUGUGUGUGUGUCCCCUGCAAAGCACUUUAGGGUCCCCCAGACCAGGCGUCCUCGCUGGGGACCGCACCCGGCAACGGUGCCGGACCAAGGCUUCGUUAGCCCCGCUCGCCUCGUUAAGACGUCCCGAAAGGAGCCCACGGCUGGCACCGGUGAACGUCCCAGAUCGCAGCGUGUCCGUGCCCUGGUUCCUGUUAACCUCGUCACCGCGCUGAGCCGAGUGCCACAGGAUUUGUCCCGCAGGAUUUGUCCCGCAGCCUCCUCCGGGAGCGCGCUGGGGCGGCAGGUGAUACCUGUGCGAUUCCUUUUUGUUUUUCUUUCUGAUUUUUUUGGGAACUACAAGUGCUGAUGGGGCCAAAUCCCCGUGCCCUGGAGAAAAGCUUUGCCGCUCGCUCCGGGCUCGGAACGGCUUUUAAAUGAAAAUAAACCCAGGAUUUUCUAGCA